AUGACAAAGCAAGCACACGGUAUGAUGGUGCGGGAGCUGGAUGGCAUAAAGGAGGACAAGGAGAGGGCGAGGGGUGUGUAUGCCCGGAGAGCCCUGCGCCUGUUGAGGGACGCCCUGACCAGCAGAGCCCCUUGGCUCAGAGCCCAGGGCGCCCACGAGAAGGCUGAAGUGACUGGGAGCAGUAGCGUCGGCAGCAGCAGUGGAGGUAGCGGUGGGGGCGGCCAGAGGCUGUCGGCUGAUGAUGCGGUGCUCUCUUGCUGCCUCUACUACCACCAGUUUGUUGCUCCUGGCGCUGUGGUGCUGCUUACUGGGGAUAUUGCGCUGCAAGUCAAGGCACUUAUGGAAGGAGUAACCAUGGUUCACAAAGCGUCUGCUUUUGUGGCUGAGCUUACGUCGCGCGAGGGAUGUUCUUCAUUGGACGUCAGGCUCGGGAACAACGAGAACGAAAAUAGGGUGCAUUCGAGAGAUAACCAGUGUAUCACACCUCUCGUCAUCACCAUGAAAACCCACACUGCGCUUCCCAGCUCCAAGAUUCGUGCUACGGAGAAGCAGCGUCACCCUCGCGAUUCCAAGUCGCUCUCCUUUUCCCCUGUCAAAGAGCGUUUGAUGGCUGUUGUGAAAAGAGUCAUGGAUCUUGACGCCAUCUCAGUUCAAAUGGGUGAAAGUAAAACAGCAGCUGAUGAGCUCUUAAGCAAGCUCAAUAUCUCGCCUUCUCCAGAACUCAUUGCGAUGCUUCCAUCAGGCGGAAAGCAGGAGCAGUUUUCAACAGAACCCACGCAGGCAGCAGCAACUGGCGCUCCCGGCUACGCAGGAGGUGGAACAGCUGUCUCUGCACCCGGUUACGCCGGCGGUGGUUACGUGGCAACGGCAACAGGCCCAGGCUUCACCUGCACGGCUCAGGAAUUCCCCACUGCAGGGGGAGGUGCGACGGGAGUGGCUGCUGUGACUGAUACCGAGGGGAGGACGAUUUACUACUCUACCACUAUGCAGCCCAUGGGUGUGACUGGCCCAGGUGUGACUGAAACGGGUGUGACUGCAACAGGCGUGCCUGCCAUGGGGGCUGGUGGUGCCAUGGGUGGUGGUUUAGGUGGUGGUACUGCCACUGGUGUGCCGGCUGCAGGUGGGAGUGGGAUGGGGGAGAUGGGAAAGGGGACGGAUACGAGUGCUAUGGGGGCUGGGAUUGGGGGGGAGAGCCUGGGAACCACUGGGACGGGGGGAGGGGGAACGGCUGGGGGAGAUGUGGGGGCAACCGGGGGAGGGGAUACUGAGAUGAUGGGGGGAGAGAGCAUAGGCGCAAGGGGGACUGCUGAGCCUACUGUUGGGGAGAAGAGCCCAGCUACUGGUGCUACAGCUGGGGGGGGAAUGGUGAGGGAUACUGGGAGUGAUGUGACUGCUGGGGGUCAAGUGACUUCAGCGGGUGAUAUCGCCAAGGCGAAGGAGGCUGGUGCUGCUGCUGCUGGAGGGGAGACUGGAGGGGCUGAGACCGGUGGGGAGGGGUUCAUGGGGCGAGAGUCCGAGGCCAAGGGUAUGGAAGGAGAAGGAGGAAUGGGCUCAGCUUAA